AUGGAGACAUAUUCUCAACUAAAUCGUGCUCAGCUCAGCUAUGACUAUCUCCAUACCAACUCAACGACACAUGAAUUCCUUUUCGGUGCUAUUGCGGAACUUAUUGAUAAUGCACGUGAUGCUGGAGCGACAGAGUUGGACAUAUUCACAAUUAAAGACAGCUCUGUGCGUGGUAACUUUCUUCUCUGCUUUGCAGACAACGGCUGCGGUAUGACACCAGAUGAUGUGAAAAAUGUCAUAAUUUUCGGGAAGUCUUUAAAGAAGUGUGAGGAUACUGCUGCUAUUGGUAUGUAUGGUAACGGCUUGAAAUCCGGUUCUAUGCGCAUUGGAAACGACUUGGUUUUGUUUACUAAAAAGGAUGGUAUUUACACCUGUCUAUUCUUAUCAAGGACUUUUCAUGAAGAAGAAAAACUUGAUGAGGUAGUUGUCCCGAUGCCCUCUUUCAGAGGUCCUGAAAAGACCCCUAUCGCAGAGACUCCCGAGGAUAAGAAAAAACAUGACCUCGAAAUGCAUUUAAUCCUGAAGUACUCACCAUUCCGCUGCCUAAAAGAUUUCUAUGCACAGUUCGAUAAACUUAAAGAGAGUUCAGGAACCGUUGUGAUUAUAUAUAACAUGAAACUUCUUGAUCAUGGAGGACCUGAAUUGGAUGUCACUACGAACCCACGUGACAUUCUACUUAGUCCGGGACCAGAACAAGAAGAAACCGUUGAACCUGAUGCUGAGGUUAUGCUCCCACCAGAAAGACGUAGUCUUCGAGCUUAUGUGUCAAUUUUAUAUUCCGAUCCACGUAUGAAAGUAUAUUUACAAGGACGAAAAGUCCAAACUAAACGACUGCUAGCAACAUUGCAUAGUACUAGGAAGUAUAAUUUUGCAAGCAAAACCUUUCGUACUAGAGCUGAAGCAGAUUUAGCAAAAGCUAAAAAUGAUGUGAGAAUAGCUGAACUUAGAGCUCAGGAGGCGGAAAGCAAAGCAAGGGAUUGUGAACUUCGUUACCAAGGUUCUGAGGAUCCCGAACAUUUGCGUCAAAUACGUCGUCUUCGAAACACCGCUGCCGACCUACGUGGGGCUGUAGCGAUGCGACAGAAUGUUGUCACGCGCAAACUAAAAUCAAUCAAGGAUCCGAAAACACUGACAUUUUAUUUUGGUGUAAAUGUUAUGAACCGCGCUUGUGAUGGUAUGUUUGUUUAUAAUUGUUCCCGUCUAAUCAAAAUGUACCAACGUAUUGGACCACAACAAGAUUCAAGUAUGAUGUGCCGUGGUGUAGUUGGGAUUGUCGAUGUACCCUAUAUGGUUCUUGAACCUACACAUAACAAGCAAGAUUUUGCUGAUGCUAAAGAAUAUCGUCAACUUAUGCGUGCAAUGGCGGAUCAUUUAAUGCAAUAUUGGGAUGACCUUGGGAUUGAUAAAGAACCAGACAGUUUAAUACGAUUCUGGAAAAGUUUUGGCUAUCUAUCAGCACGCUGGAGAGACCCACCUAGUGUAGAGGAAAAAUAUGCUCGUCGUCGCUGUUGUUCUGUCUCCAUUUGUGUUCAGUGUGAUAAAUGCUUAAAAUGGAGAAUACUUCCAUUCUCACAGAGCCUUGUCGGACGCGAUGUUCCAGAUAAUUGGCAAUGUCGUGAUAAUCCAGAUCAUAAACAUAAAAGAUGUGAGGAUCCUGAAGAAGAUAUGAGCCCACCAAUGGGUGUUUUAAAGAGGAAAAUUAAAACUAAGGAACAAAGACAAGCAGAACUCGAAAAACAAAUCCGUAAAAAACAGGAAGAACUUGAACUUAUUCAAGAUCCUGAUGAUGAAAAAGCUGACGAUUCCAGUGCUACUACUCGUAGUGGUCGCUUAAGUGGCUCUGGGACAAUGACUGUUGCAGAUAAAAAACGUCAAGCUGGAUUAUCGUCAUCAAAUGGCCCUGUAUCGUUAUCAUCCCAAAAACGUACUGGUUUACCACUACCUACAAGUAACCAAAGACAACCACGCCCCAGUGGUCUAGUCCCUAAAGCUCAACAACGGAAUUCAACUACCCCUAAAGGUCGUAAAGUCACAACAGCAGAAAGUGAAAGCAGUGAAGAAGAAGAAGAAGAGACAAGUGAUGAUGAUGAAGAAGAAGAAGAAAAAGAAAUCUCUAAAUCUGUUUCUCGUAGCAAACAAACUACAUCCUCCCUUCCAAAAGUAAAUAAUUCCAUUUCUGUAACUAAAAUCAAUACUUCACAAACCCCUGAAAAAAGUAUUCAGAAGACAACUGAUGAAUUAAAUGGCAAACGAUCAACUAAUAAAGAUAAAAGUCCCGCACACGAUUCAGUCACAAUGCACCAUCGUAAUCGAACUUCAAUAGAUCCAAACAACGGUGAUGCUACAUCUGUAGUAAAUAAGGAUCAAAAUAAAAACAAUGAUUCUGUAGGAAAUAAAUCGAAAGAAUUGAAUUCAACAGUUAACUCUUUAUCAUCCGAAGCUAAUACUGCAAUUAAUAAGAAGAUUCAGGAGAAAUUCAAGGUUUGUCUACGGUAUUUCCUACCCCCUGAAUGGCCAAUGGAAAAAGAUCAAAUUCAUACCCUUACAGAUUCUGAUCUUGCUAGUUUUCCUUUAGAAGACUUCUUCGAUCGCUAUGAACAAGGUCUCCGAUCUCUCUUGGCCACUUUCCAACAAGAAACCAAAAUAUGCUCUGAUCGAUUAACUGAGUUACGAUUCAACGUUUGUGAACUAUUGAAAAAAUAUGAUCCUAGCUUCACUGAACCACUGAGCGACGGUGAAGAAGUUGACAAUUAUAUCAGAAAUUUCCUUAAUAAAGAAUAA